AAGGGCUGUCAUUUAACUGCAGGUCUCUGCUCAGUUCCACGCUCAGCUGCUGGAAUCCUGACUGAAGGUAUGCAAAGACGGGAGCUCUCACGCUUUCGCUAGGGGGAUUGUAGGACUUAAUCACCAGCUCGUUCCACAGCAGCGCCAUGCGUGUGUCCUGCAGUCACCUGGUCUUGGCUGCCAUCUUGUGGGUGAUGCCAUGCACCAGAGCAGCUAUGGUUCUUACCAACACCACAGAGCUCUCUCCCCUCCCUGUGGCUGAAUUUGGGAUUGAACUGAGCUGGAUGAACAGGAACAGAAGCAGCAGCAGCGAUGUGCCUCUCAGCCGGAGGAAGCGCUACAUUUCCUCCAGGGAUAUGUUGGAUCUGCUGGACUACCACAACCGUGUGCGGUCUCAGGUCUUCCCACAUGCUGCAAACAUGGAGUAUAUGGUGUGGGAUGAGCGGCUUGCGAGAUCAGCCGAGUCCUGGGCCUCACAGUGCAUAUGGGAUCACGGGCCGGCACACGUCAUGAGAUACACGGGCCAGAACCUGUCCGUUUCAACUGGAAGGUAUAGAUCAGUCAUUGAGCUGGUGAAAUCAUGGCAUGAUGAGAAGUAUUCCUUCUCCUACCCCACCAGAUGCACCGGCUCUGUCUGCACCCACUAUACACAGAUGGUGUGGGCCAGCACCAAUAAGAUUGGGUGUGCCAUCAACAGGUGUUCAAAUAUGUAUGUGUUUGGUGCUACAUGGAAACAGGCCACCUUACUGGUCUGCAACUAUUCCAUCAAAGGUAACUGGGUGGGAGAAGCUCCAUACAAAACUGGAAGGCCAUGCUCAGCUUGUCCUUCUAUUUAUGGUGGAUCGUGUCUCAGGAACCAGUGCUACAGAUCAAAAUCCAGAAGUCUCAAGAUGUUUUAGUCGCACAGAUUGAAGUAAAUGACUGACCAAAGAGCGCAGAAACACAUUGUUUUGUGUUGCACCACUAAUAAAUCAGUUGAUUUCUUUUGUAAAAUAUUGCAUUUUUAAACAUAAAAAAGAGAAAAUCCCACAGUUGAAAUAACAAAUCAUCUCACACAGACUGGCUGAUGUAAUUGUUGUAGGGAUCCUGAGAGUCAGUCUUGUGACUCUUGUGUUGUUUGUCUCUUGUCCUGUCCAUGGACUGUUUGCACUGUUUCGUAUGUUUGCAUUACUGUAAGAGUAGCAUUGCCGUUAGGUUCAUGUUGAGAGUUAAGCACUUUUAUGGUUUGUG